GUGUUUAUGUGCACCAAGCUGAAGUGUUAGUUUUACUGUCAUUUUAAGUUUUAAUUUCAGAAUUGUGUAUGAAUCUUUGCGUAACUAUACGUAUUUCAUGAAUUUUAUUUGCGUUAAGCGAUGUUUGCAUUUAAAACUAAGCGGAAAACUGGUGACUUGGAAAUGAAUAUUUUAAAUGAACUGAGUUUACCUCCUUUAAAAGACUGCUGUUAUACUUCUUGUUAUUGUGAGGAAAACGUGUGGAAGAUUUGUGAUUACGUAAGAAACAAUCAAAAACACCUCUUACCUGCUUGUUAUGCUGUAUUUAUAUCUAACAGGAAUGAAAGUGUUCCUUUAUGGUAUCAGAAAUCUGGGAAAGAUGAUAAUAAUCUAGCUGUUUGGGAUUAUCACGUUAUCUUCUUAUAUGGUCCUGGAAAUAACACUGGAUCAUUCGUUUAUGACUUAGACAGUAUUUUACCUUUUCCUUGUGAACUUGAAAAAUAUGCUCCUUUAACUUUCAAAUCGGAUAGUUCAUUAGAGCUUUGCUAUCACAGGUAUUUCAGAGUAGUACCAGCUGAUGUAUUUUUAAAAACUUUUGCAUCUGAUCGCAGCAGGAUGAAAAAACCUGAUGGCACAUGGAUUAAAGAACCUCCUCCUUAUCCUUGUAUAACCAUUCCUGAAUCAACAAAUAACCUUGAUGACUUUAUAAGCAUGGACCCAUCAAGAGGAGUUGGAGUAGUAAUGAAUUUACAUAAAUUUUUAGACAAAUUUCUGUAAAAAACUUUAUAUAUUGUUAACUGAAAUUGUAUUAUUUAUAUUAUGUUUUUUAUAGAAAUGUAUCUGUCAAAGUAAAUUUUUUAGAAAUA